GUGAGCGCACUCAGCUUGGCCUGCCCAGUCUUCUGCCUGUCAUCCCCCAGCAGAUAUAGCUGCUGACAGCUGCGUGGGACUCUGCUGCCAGGCCCUGGCCCAGACUGCCACCUCUCCUCUCUCUCAGUGACUCCCCAGCCGCAACCCCUCCAUGGCCCAGAAAGAAGAGGUUGCCGAGGCUUCGGCGCCAGCCUCUCAGAAUGGAGAGGAUCUGGAGAACCUGGAGGACCCCGAGAAGCUGAAGGAGCUGAUUGAGCUGCCGCCCUUUGAGAUCGUCACAGGGGAGCGGCUGCCUGUCAACUUCUUUAAGUUUCAGUUCCGGAAUGUGGAGUACAGUUCUGGGCGGAACAAGACCUUCCUCUGCUACGUGAUUGAAAUGCAGGACAAGGGAGGCCAAGUGCAGGAAACCCGGGGGUACCUGGAGGACGAACAUGCUGCUGCCCACGCAGAGGAAGCCUUCUUCAAUAACAUCGUGCCGACCUUCGACCCGGCGAAGCGCUACAAUGUCACCUGGUACGUGUCCUCCAGCCCCUGCGCAACUUGCGCUGACCACAUCAUCAAAACCCUGGGCAAAACCAAGAACCUGCGCCUGCUCAUCCUGGUGGGGCGCCUCUUCAUGUGGGAGGAGCCGGAGAUCCAGGCUGCGCUGCGGAAGCUGAAGGAGGCUGGCUGCAGGCUGCGCAUCAUGAAGCCCCAGGACUUCGAGUACAUCUGGCAGAAUUUUGUGGAGCAAGAAGAGGGCGAGUCCAAGGCCUUCGAGCCCUGGGAGGACAUUCAGGAUAACUUCCUGUACUAUGAGGAGAAGUUGGCGGACAUCCUGAAGUAGGCGAGUGGGCUCAGCCUCACGUCUGCCUGCUGCCACCAAGAGACAGCGGUGACAUGUGUGGCCAUCUGGGACAUGCCUGACUUCCUACCACUUGGAGCUGGACAACAUUCGAUGCCAACCACCCCCACUGCACACAGCCCUCUAAGGACUCAAAAUACACUAUUCACGCUGUAAAUAAUUUUAGCUGUGCCUCUCUCUCCAAUGCUGCUCCUGGGAAAGAGGAAAGUGAGCUGCAAAGAGAAAUAGCAACCAUAUAUAGGCACGAGGCAUCCAUGGGGCUGAGGGUCCUAAUUAUUCCUCCAAAUGGGCUGCUUAAGGUGAAGAGCCUCAGACCCAAGAUCUGCCAAGAUCUUUGAAAUAUGUCCAGAAAUGCAUUUUAUGUUAAGUUGGGUUUUUGUUUUUUUUAAAAGAAAAAUAACCAGCAACAUUAAUAAAAGAAGUGGUGUGGUUUUUCUGUGAACAGGCUUUUUAAGGAAUUUGGAUAUAUCGCAGUUAUAAUGCUAUGGACAGUGAUCAAGUCCCAGGAAUAGGGAUGUCCCAGGCUUCGAACCUGACAUUAGAAAGUGGAAAGGAGGCUUAGACCAGGACUUGUCUAGGCAACACAGGUACUAACUCUCCCAUGUAGACUUCUCAUCCUGGUCUUGACCUUCAUAAAAUGUUUUCUUGAGAUUACUUGUGACUUUUCCCUUCUCUGAAGGGAAGCUAUAGCAGAGGUGGAAACAAAAAUCAUAGAAAAUGUGUUUAUAAGAUGUCCAUGUCCCCACAGCCAGUUAAUAAGUAAUUAGCCUCUUGGUUAAUGAGGAGGUAAAAAGUAGGGAGAUUUCAAUGUUCAGAUACAUGUAAGCAUAGUCAACAUGUGGUACUUAAUAGUGAUGGCAGAAUGAUAUAAAAAAAUCCCAUUUCUUAAAAGGUUUGAGUCCUAUGUAGAAGUAAAAUUUCACAUGUGAAUUUCUGGGUGUUUGCCAAUCUCUAACUAGGUUUCCAGGAAUAAGGUGUUCAUGUUGAUUAUCAGGCAAUGCUUCCUUUCCCUGGGCUUUGUGUGUGAUAAGUCAUCGGAAUUUGACCCCAAGACUAUCUGCAAAUGACAAAGUACUUUAUCACAUCCCUGCUGAGUCCUAGAAUUUCACUUACAGCCAGUCCUCAGAGAGACAAAGCUUUGUUAAAAGAAUCAAGGUUCAGACUCAAGGAAAAAAAUUCACCCUAACCCCUUUCAAUGUAGAAGUCUAUAAAACCAAUGUUUUGACCCAUGUUAAGAUUUGCAUAGCUAGCAAAAUACUUUGAUUCUACAUUUCUUAUCACCCCAUUCUCAUUUUCAGUUUUGUAUAUUUAGACAUUGUUUCCCUUCUUUUUUUCCCCCUUAAAUUUUACUAUCUGUAUGUGAACAGAAGCAAAGUAUCAAGAAAAGCAUCAGUCUAAAAGUUUGAGAAUGAACUUGCUCCUCCCCUACCCCACCCUGACAACACGGAGAACUUGUCUGUUCCAGAAAUACAAAAGAAAUGAAAUACUUUUUGCAACUGCUGUCUCAUAUCAGGCUGCAAUGUAUCAAGAACACAAGUCUAAAGUACAAAGUUUAUAUUUAAGUGCUCCUGCUAGUGUCUCAAUAAGCCCAUUCUAAAAUCCAGUUUACACUUGGGAAAACAGCAAGUCCUGUGAAGACCCAGAAUUCACUCUAGAGGGGAAAUCAAUAGGUCUUGCUGUUUAACUUGUAACACCUCAAAGGGGGGUGGGGGACUGGGGCGAGAAAACCCCACCAGUUUUCCCAAUAUCUCUGACACUGAAGCACUGGCUAAAUGAACCUUUUUUCCCCACCACAAAAACAAGAAUAAACGAAGUGCUGCUCUUCUAGCUUAGGAAGAAAAGGAGACUAAUAUUUACUGUUCUUGAUCUCAGUGGGUUAUACCUCAGAAUCCUCUGGGGCUUAAAAACACAAAGAAAACUGGUCAUCCUCCCUAAUCCCCCAACUACCAAAAUAGGAUUUUGGGGGAGAAGUGGGUCUUUUAUUUAUUUAUUUUUUUUUAAGAAGAUUCAUAUGGAUUUUGUUGCCAACUGAGAUAUUACUCUGCACUAAGCACUGUCAGGCAUUUAACAUACACCGUUUCAUGUCUCAUGAUUCAGACAGGUUCAAUCAAGAAACUACAUAGCAGACAGAAGAGGGCACAAUGAAGACGUUCUGAAAACCUGUCUUUCCAUUAUGUUGAAACUUCCUGUCCAUUCUUUCUUA